AUGUCGCUCCUUCCUCCGGUUCUGCACGAGCUAUGGCUUGGUGCGGAGGCCUUCCUGGGAGCUAGAUUCUACAUAUCUACGCUGCCCACGGAGGAAGCCGAGCCUUUUCUCUCUCAGAUCGCAGCCUUGUUCGAAGGCCCGUCUCUGUGGUGCUGGAUUCGGUCUGUACUGCUGAUGAUAAUCCGCACGACGGUGUUUUCUGGUCUAUUCAGAAACUUCCCUUCGCUCGCCAUGCUUUCCAUGGAUGUGUCCUCCGGCACGGUUCUUGGCUCGUUGGUGGCACGGUCGUUGGAUUUCACGCAAUAUGUCAAUGUUUUCACGGGAUCUCAAAAUGGCGGAAAUGACUUUCCUGGAGUCGCCCGCCCGUUCGGCAUGGUCAAAUUGGGACCUGAUCUGCUCGUCCCAGGAACGGAUUCCUAUUCCGGCUAUCUACCCAAUGGGAACUUUUCAGGUUUCAGCUUAAUGCACGAGCAAGGAACCGGUGGUGCUCCGAAAUAUGGCACUGUCUCUCAACUUCCCAUUGUCGGUGUCGUGUCUGAUCCAUUGUCCAACUUGACUGUUGGGCGAGCUGUCGCAGACCAAGCAUCCGUGGGAUACUACAAGGCCCAGACGACGGAUAAUGUCACCGUCGAGCUCGCUGCUUCGGAGCGGGCUGGUAUGUACCAAUAUACCUUCCCGGAAGGGGUGUCGGGGAGUAUCCUCGUCGACGUCUCACAUGUGUUGCCCUCCUUCAGAGGACAGGGUCUGGGGCAGAACUAUGAAGGUGGUCAGAUCGAAGUAUUCCCUGACGGCCAUUAUGAAGGCUAUGGAACUUAUGACAACGGCUGGAAUAGGGCACCAGACUGGAACAUAUACUUCUGCGGACAUUUUGAUACUGCUCCCGUCAGCAACAAGACUUAUAGUGGCACUGAUGCUAGUGGGAGCGUUGAACAGGCCAGUGGAUCUGCAUUCUCCAGUGCAGGCGCUACCCGAGUCGGCAGUCUGUUCACAUUCAGCAGCCCUCGAGUCGUGUCGCGGGUUGGAAUCUCUUGGAUCUCCACCGCACAAGCCUGCCAAAAUGUGCAGACCGAGAUUCCACCUGGAACUGACCUGCAGACGGUCGUCGACGACACGAAAGCAGACUGGAAUACCAAAGUGCUAUCCAAGAUUACGACCACGAACACAAACGAGACGAGCCUGACACUGUUGUACACUUCGUUGUAUUUCAUGCAUCUGAUUCCCACCAAUCAAACUGGCGAGAACCCGAGCUGGAGCUCCAGUGAGCCUUACUGGGAGGAUAUCUUCACUUACUGGGAUCUCUUCCGCUGUUCUACCGCUCUGAUGCAGGUCCUGCAGCCAGAUGUGUACGAGGAGCAGAUCCGAUCUCUCAUCGAUAUCUGGCGCAACGAGGGCUACAUGCCUGAUGCGCGGUCAUCUAACUACAAUGGACGCACGCAGGGCGGGUCCAAUGCUGACAACAUCUUGGCCGACGCGUAUGUUAAGGGAGUCCGCGGCGCCGUCAACUGGCAGGACGGUUACAAGGCGAUGCUGAAAGAUGCCGAAGUAACCCCUCCAAACAACGAUCCGGAUCCCAUGGCACCGGAUUCUUCAACCAAGGAGGGCCGUGGAGCUCUUCCAGACUGGCUGAGUCUCGGCUACAUCACUCCUCGAUUCACGCGGGCCGUAACUCGCGCCGUCGAGUAUUCUUGCAACGACUUCGGCCUCUACCAAGUGGCUUCCGGCCUUGGUAUCCAGGCUGAUUCAGCGAAGUACCUGAACCGUUCUAGAAACUGGAGAAAUCACUGGAACCCCAACCAGCAAUCACUGGGAUUCUCGGGCUUCGUCGUGCCCCGAAACACCACUGGGUUUAUCGCCACUGAUCCAUUGACUGAUAGCGGAUAUUGGGGCGAUCCAUACUACGAGGCCAGCUCGUGGGCGUACACAUGGGCGAGCGUGCAUGACAUGAAGCACAUGAUUGAUCUGAUGGGCGGUCCUGACACAGUUCUGAAGCGUCUGGAGACAAUGUUCACUCCAGGUGCUGGAGGUGGUACGGGGAUCAUCUUCGACUCUACUAACGAGCCAAUGUUCAAUAUCCCGUACCUAUACAACUAUAUCAACCGACAAGACCUGUCCGUGCUGCGAUCCCGAAACGUCGCCAAGACCUACAACACCGGUGUGGCUGGUCUUCCUGGCAACAGUGAUGCUGGCGCUAUGCAGACCUGGCUCCUCUGGAACAUCAUCGGUCUCUACCCCAUCACGGGCCAGACGACCUUCCUGAUCCACUCCCCGUGGUUCGAGUCCCUGACGAUCGACCUGGGUAGUGGGAAGACGCUUCAGAUCACCUCCACCGGCGGCGAUGGCAACGGUGACAGCUCCUUUUAUGUCCAGAGCCUCAAGGUCAACGGAAACCCGUGGAAUCGCAACUGGCUCACCUGGGACGAUGUCUUUGCCCAAGGAGGUACAUUGGAGUUCGUCCUUGGUGAUAGCCCGACUGAUUGGGCGACGGGUGACGUGCCCCCAAGCCCUGCUUCAGAGGCAUGA